AUGGCCUCUCGCCAAGUUCUUAUCGGCGUUAUUGGUGGUAGCGGUUUAUACAACCUCGAAAACCUGACUCCUGUCGAGACAGCUAAUCCCAAAACUCCAUGGGGACUCCCUUCGUCGCCCAUUACUCUCCGAGCUGCCUUCUGGCGUGAGGUUAGCAUUUUUAGCGAGACAUGGAACAUCGCACAAGUUAGUUUUAUCCUCCCAUCGGACGUCCCUGCUCGAGCAAACAUCGCCGCGCUCAAGUCGUUGGGUGUCAAAGUCAUCGUUGCAUUUUCGGCCGUCGGGAGUUUGAGGGAGCAAAUUCAUCCCGGAGAUUUCGUCGUUCCUGAUCAGGCAAGUUUCAUACGGUUUUCUAUCAUCGACCGAACCAAAGGCGUCCGUCCCGCCUCGUUCUUUGAAGGCACUUCGAUCGUUGCGCAUGCCAUGUUUGGAGAUCCAUUUGAUACUCAGCUUACCAAGGCCCUUAUACCCAUGAUUCAAAAUUUGGCUAGAGAAGCCGAGAUCAGCUACGCGCUCGUUGCUACCGCUACAGACUACGACGCCUGGCGAGUGAGCGAAGAGCCCGUGACGGUUGCAGAAGUCUACAAGACUCUAUCGAAUAAUGCCGAUCGAUCCCGCAAGAUCACCGCCACGAUCCUCGAAGAGUUACACGAGAUUGUCGAGCGUGGGGAUGUGCUCACGAGCGCCGAGGGUGGAAUGCAAUAUUCCUUAAUCACGAGGGACUGGCCCGAGGAGGACAGGAAAAAGCUGGCAUUUGUCCUGCCCAAGUAUUUUAGCAAGUCCGAGGCCAACUAG